AUGGCCGUCAAUUGCACUUUGCUUGAGGCCAACCUUGACACAACCCUACGCCCGAAUUUUGACUGGAUCGGACAAGACAAUCACCAUCACUUCAUGUCCGGCCCAGAAUUUCAAAUCACCAACGAUGCUCGCGACCCGAAACCUUCGUGGUGUGACUUAGUCAGCUGCUUCGCGGACUGGACGGUUAUCCCAUCCACGCCUCGUGAUAGCGCUUUCGGACUUACGGGCCUGAGAGCGUGGCAGAGUGUUCUUGUCGUGGGCUUUGGAGUAUUGUUGACUUUGAAGUCAAUGUUAGCCAAGCCGAAAGCCUGUUCUGGGGCAAGAAUUGCUAUCCACUGGCCUCAGUUGUUAUGGAAAAUCGGCCAGACUGGCUUUUGGUGGUGGGGAUUUGGGACUCUUGCCAGCGAUCCUGAAAGGGCUGGGCCCGUGGCACUUGCGACUUGCCUCAGGCCUCGAAAUAGCGCCGGGUCGUCUAAUUGUACAGCUGAAGAACUGUGCUCGACAACAUGGAUGUUCCAGAACCCUGACUUCAUGAGUCAAGGCGAAGAGACAUCGCUGAAGUUCUACGAAAUUCCGGUUUACAUGCAACUGGCAGUUUAUCCUCUUUUUGCCGUCGCCGAACUAUGUCGCCCUUGGCUAAGCGAUGAAUGGCAGAGAGGGGUACAAAUCAUGCCCUUGUUUAGUUUCAUCUUCGCAGGAUACAUGGGUCUUGUAUAUGCAAUUCCCUAUUUUAUCUCUGCUGAUCCCAAGCUUCCUUUGGAUUUGAGUAAUGGGUUUGCGACGGUUUAUCAAGGGACUUGCGUAUUGCACGCUCAUGGUUCAAUGCUUGAUUGGAAGGAUUGGUAUUGUAUCCGCUCUAAUUGUAUAGAAGGAACAUUUAGGUGGCCACGGGAAGGCGCGGAAAAAUUCAAGUGUUUUACUAGCCAGACUCCAACAUUUGUCUUUGUGGAUACUUCUGAAGCCACAUCUAAUGGGACGUCAAGUCAAGACACAAAGGUCAGUGUUAGAAGGCAAGCCGCUAGAUCGGGUCGCAAGUCUCACCAAUACAAACAAUCCCUCAAAUCAAAUACAUCUGUCCCAGCUUCAGACUCAUGGAAAGCCUUCGGGGGAAAAUUACCAACAGGGAAAGAACCCAAUGAGAAAAUCCCACUUCAGCCCUCUCCCAAAGGAUACGAAUCACUCAGGGCAGUAUGCAACUUCGACAUAGUAGAUUUGGCUACUUUCACAGAAGUGGACUUAGCCACUAAUGCUCAUUUAUCUUUACAAAAAGAACCAGGAUGGCGCAAGGAGAUACUGAAUAGCUUAUCGCCUUCAUUUUUGAUGUAUCUCCCGAGUCGUUAUGGACAAGAUCCCUUUUUGGAUGACGCUAUACACUGCGUCACAGCUAGGGCGGGUCAAAUGGUUGGCUUCCCAAUGAAACACGACGUACCUGAGCUGCUUUACGGCAAGGCCCUGAUGAGUUUACAAAAAGUAAUUUCGGACGGGUCGUUUCGCCCAACGGCUAAUUGUUAUGGCGCUGCGCGCUUACUAGGACUUUAUGAGUUACUCGGCGAGCCCAUUAUGGGACGUCUGUUUGCUCAUUUUCGCGGCAGUAUCAAGUUGCUAGAACUAAGGAAGCCUGCGCUCUAUGAAUCUGCGUUUGAUAGGGCAUUACUCAAGAGCCACGGGCCAAGUAUCGUAGUCGACGAGCUUUACAGGAAUAGCACCUCAAUGUUCCAAGACCCAGACUGGCAGUCCCUGUUUCGCCAUGCAGCUACACUUGAAAAGGACAACGAAUCUUCCUAUUGGUGGAAAUUCUUCUCUGUCACUACAUCCCUACCAGGUAUCCUGAAAGAUAUGAGAAAUAUAUUCGCAACAGGAGCAUAUCAGUACGGUGACACAGAUGAGAGUGGAAAGGUCCUGAAUAGGGCAAACAACGCCUACAAACAACUACAUGCAAACAACGCCUUAUACCAGCGCGAGCCACCCCACGCCUCUUCGCUUUUUAAUCUGCCUGUUUCCCCAGAGUCAUCCGAGCGUAUAAGGUUACGUGAGUUCUUCUUGUAUACGAUGAUCUAUAUGUGUCGCAUACGAGCUACGCUGUCUACGGAAGAAAUAGAGCGUUACAUUGCAGAGGUAGAGGCGCAAACGUUUGCAACGCAAGCGCUACUAAUUCAAAAGACAGCUAACAUAUUUGAUCGGAACAUGGCAUGGCAUCUGGAGCAGAGGAAUGGUUUGGCUCAUUCGGUCAUCCAGACUAGAACUGAUUGGUUGUCUGAUACAAUAUGUAAUAGAGACAGGGGCGAGCUACAUAAGCUCUUGGCACAACGUUGGUUAAAAUGGGAGAGCUCUUGGAGAAAUAGCGUCUUGGAAAUUGAGUACAGGGGAGAGUUAUAG